AUGGCAGAUUUGGAAAAUUUGCUUUUGGAGGCUGCAGGAAGAACUGGUGCAGCUGGGAGAAAUCGGCAUUCUCUCCCAUCUUCGAGGAGACGACGCGAUGGCUCUUAUUCGGAUGGUGGGAGUGAUUCUAGGGAUGAUGAUUCAGAUGAUGAACUAAAUUAUGCGAGCAGAAAGCCAUCUGGGCCGCAAAUUCCUCUGAAAAAGAGAUUAGAUCCGGCCGACAGAGAUGAUGAGUUGGGCAGUCAUGAAGAAGCGGAUGAUGGGCGGAGCGACGGUGAAGGCGAUACGAGUGAUGAGUCAAAUAUAGGCGAUGAUCUUUAUAAAGAUGAAGACGACAGGCGAAAGCUUUCUGAGAUGAGUGAACUUCAAAGAGAGAUGAUUUUGUCGGAUAGGGCUUCCAAAAAGGACGAUAAAAGCUUAUUGGGAAAGAUAGCAUCAAAGCGUGAGAAAGGAAAGGCAGUAAUGACUGGAAAGCAGUCUCCCCCGCUGUCAUCCUCUCGCAUGCGAGCAUCAGCCAGAUCUGCUGAUAGGUCAGCCAAGAAUGAAGCAUUAAAUGAAUUACGAGCAAAGCGGUUGAAACAACAAGAUCCAGAAGCUCACCGUAGAUUGAGAGAGGCGUCUAGAAGCUCAGGGCCACGACACUUUUCCCCGCCAAAGCGCAAAUCUUUCACAUCAGCUAAUCUCAGUAGUUCAAGCCGCAGUGAUAGUGAAAGUUCUCAGAGCGAUGAUGAAGGAUCAACUGGGGACGGAGGAAUUGCUGACAGUGAUGAUGAUAGGGCAUCUGGCCCCGAGGGGCCAUCCUUUCAGAAUAUAAAGGAAAUAACUAUCCGCAGGUCAAAACUUGCGAAAUGGUUGAUGGAGCCUUUCUUCGAGGAGUUAGUAGUUGGUUGCUUUGUAAGAGUUGGAAUUGGUAGAUCAAAAACCGGACCUAUCUACCGGCUCUGUAUGGUGAAAAAUGUGGAUUCCUCAGACCCUGAUCGACAGUAUAAACUAGAGAACAAAACUACACACAAGUAUUUGAAUGUUGUUUGGGGAAACGAAAGUUCUGCUGCUAGAUGGCAAAUGGCUAUGGUAAGCGACUCUGCUCCACUUGAAGAGGAAUACAAACAGUGGGUGAAGGAAGUAGAUCGAGGCGGUGGCCGGAUGCCAAGCAAACAGGAUGUGUUAGACAAAAAACAAGCUAUACAUAAAACCAUUAAUUUUGUCUACUCUGCAGCUACUGUGAAGCAGAUGAUACAAGAGAAAAAGUCUGCCUCGUCAAGGCCGCUAAAUAUUGCCGCCGAGAAGGAUCGACUAAGGAGGGAGUUGGAUAGAGCACAAAGUAAGAACGAUGACGCAGAAGUGGAGAAGAUCAAGACAAGACUUCUAGAAUUAGAGGCAUCUAGACAUACAAAGGUGAAGGACGCCAAAGCUCUGAAACUGGCUGAAAUGAACAGAAAAAACAGGGUUGAGAACUUCAAGAAUGCUUCUGAAUUAAGGCCAACAAAAACCGGUUUGAAAGAAGGGGACGCGGGUUAUGAUCCAUUUUCAAGGAGGUGGACAAGAUCAAGAAACUACUAUGUUGCGAAACCCGGUGAAAAAGCUGCCGCUGGAAAUAUUAGUGCCGUUGGUGUAGUUGCUGAUGCAGGCAGCAACGGAACUGGAGUACCAGUAACUGCGGAGUCUGGUGUCGUGGCUACUGCCGCUGCCUUGGAAGCUGCUGCUGAUGCCGGGAAGUUGGUGGAUACAAGUGCUCCAGUGGAUCAAGGGACAGAAUCAAACACGCUGCACGGUUUCGAGCUGCCAAUCUCAUUAGCAUUACUUCAUAAGUAUGGAGGAGCCCAAGGAGCUCAAGCUGGGUUUAUGGCAAGAAAACAAAGAAUAGAAGCAACAGUUGGAUUUAAAAUUAAGGAAAAUGAUGGCAGGAGACAUGUACUGACUCUAUCAGUUGGUGAUUACAAAAGAAGAAGAGGGCUUCUCUGA